AUGACGUCCAUACAAUCCAACUCCAAAGGCGUUGCAGUCAUCACUGGAUCCGCGCAAGGAAUCGGACGUAGCAUCGCAAUACGCCUUGCAGGAGAUGGCUAUGACAUCGCGAUCAACGAUUUGGAAAGCAACAAAGAGAAUUUGGAGGAAGUCAAGAAGGAAAUCAUUGCCGAAUUCCCGGAGCGCAGAGUGCUAAUUGUCCUUGGGAAUGUCAGCGUAGAGAGGAUGUCAAAGUUUGUUGCAAACGCAGGCAUUUGCAAAUCAAAACCACUCUUAGAAACGACAUCCGAUGACUUUGAGUCUGUGCUUUCAAUCAACGUCAAAGGCACCUUCUACAGCUAUAAAUAUGCAGCGCAACAGAUGAUAGCUCAAGGGCAUGCUUCACUCAGCGCUUACUGCGCAUCCAAGUUUGCUAUCCGAGGGCUGACGCAAUCCGCAGCCAUUGAACUUGGUCGCAACGGAAUUACAGUGAAUGCAUAUGCGCCAGGAACAAUUCAAACGGCAAUGCUUGAUGGGUUGGCUGGAUCAACUGAUUAUAACGACGUUUACGACGAGUUCAAACGGCUGUCAUCAGUAGGCGACCUCGGAACUACCCAGGACGUUUCGAGCCUUGUUUCAUUUCUGGUAAACCCGGAAGCACGUUUCAUCACAGGCCAAACAAUAACGAUCGACGGAGGUAUCUUCUUUGAUUGA